AUGCUGGCCGAGAAUGGCAGACAGUGGAAAAGUGAUUCCACUCCAUGCACGUGUUGCAGCGGCGGUUUUGCACAAGGCAGCACCGUUGGCUAUCAUGUUAAUGUGAAAGAAAGAAAAGUUAAGAUGUCUGAAAAUAAAACUCAUGAAUAUUGGAUUAAUAAAUGGUUGGAAGGAAAGACAUCUUUCCACUCAGAGAAAAUGCAUAUAUCACUGGAGAAACAUUUAGAUAAAUUUAUUGCUGGGCGAACAGGAAUAAAAAUGUUCUUCCCCCUAUGUGGAAAGACUGUAGAUAUGAGACUAUUGGCUGAUCAAGGGCAUUAUGUAGUUGGUGUGGAUAUAGCAGAACAGGCUUUUCAAGAAUUUUUUAUUGAUCAAAAUUUGGAAUAUACUGAAGAACCAUUGAAAAAUGUGGAUGGCAAACUAUUUAAGUCAAUGGAUGGCAGAAUCAAAUUGUACUGUAUGGAUUUCUAUUUGUUCACAAAAGAGAUGGAGGGUCAAUUUAAUGCCAUUUGGGACCGUGGUUCUCUUGUAGCAAUCAAUAUAGAGGAUAGAAUCAAAUAUUCUCAAUUAAUCCAAGAAGUUAUGUCUCCUGACUGUAAAUAUAUGGUUGCAGCUAUGCAGUAUGAUACCAGUGAAUAUACAGGCCCUCCUUACAAUAUUCUGAAAAUAUUUAAGUAUCCAGUAACACGUUGA